AGAGCCAAAGAUGUCGGCUCGGUCAUGUGAUCAGCUGUGUCCAAUCACAGCUGAUCACAUCAGUGCCACCUGUCUUUGUCCAUCAGUGCCAGCUGUCAGUGCUCAUCAAUGCCACCUGCCAGUGCCCAUCAGUGCCACAUCAAUGCCACAUAUCAGUGCCUACCAGUGCACAUCUAUGCCACAUAUCAGUGCCCAUCUGAGCUGCCUUUCAGUGUCACCCAUCAGUGCCAGUCAGUGCCACCUAUCAGUGUGCAUCAGUGCCGCCUAUCAAUGCCAUCAGUGCUGCCUAUCAGUGCCGCCCAACAGUGCCAGUCAGUGCCGCCUAUCAGUGCCACCUAUCAGUGCCGCCUAUCAGUGCCAUAUAUGAGUGAUGCCUUUCAGUGCCCAUCAGUGAUGCCUGUCUAUGCCCAUCAGUG